AAACCCGCCUGAAAAAAUUCUCCUCUUCCCGGAGAAACUAGAGAGACAAGAUACAUACAUAUAUAUACGUAGAGAGGCGUUUCCAGGGGAGAGAGAGAGAGAGAGAGAGAGAGAUGUGGGUGUUCUAUCUGAUCUCGCUGCCUCUAACGAUGGGCAUGGUGGUGUUGACUCUGAGGUAUUUCGCGGGACCAGAUGUGCCUCGAUACGUCCUCUUCACCGUCGGAUACACCUGGUUCUGCUCUCUCUCCAUCAUCAUCCUAGUCCCAGCCGACAUUUGGACGACAAUAAUUGGUCGUGAGAAUGGAGGAAUCUCUUUCUUUUGGAGCUGGUCAUACUGGAGUACUUUUUUACUUACUUGGGCCGUGGUGCCUAUAAUUCAGGGGUAUGAAGAUGCUGGGGACUUCACAGUGGCAGAAAGAUUGAAGACAAGUGUACAUGCAAACUUAAUCUUCUACCUCUGUGUUGGUUCUAUUGGUCUUUUUGGACUUGUACUGCUCAUUAUUUGGCACAAAAGCUGGAGUGGUGGGAUUCUGGGUUUUGCGAUGGCUUGCUCAAAUACUUUUGGACUUGUUACUGGUGCAUUUCUUCUUGGCUUUGGUUUGAGUGAGAUUCCAAAGAGCAUCUGGAAAAAUGCUGAUUGGACUAUCCGUCAGAAGAUUCUUUCUCAUAAAGUGGCUAAAAGGGCUGUGAAACUUGAUGAUGCUCAUCAAGAACUUUCAAAUGCUAUUGUAGUUUCCCAAGCAACUUCAAAGCAAAUGUCCAAGCGUGAUCCUUUGAGACCCUACAUGAGUGUUAUUGACAAAAUGUUGCUUCAGAUGUUUAGUGAAGAUCCAUCUUUCAAGCCACAAGGUGGAAGACUAGGAGAAAAUGAUAUGGAUUAUGAUACUGAUGAAAAAUCAAUGGCUGCUCUUAGGCGUCAAUUGAAGAUAGCUCGAGAGGAGUACUAUAGAUGCAAAAGUGAAUAUAUGAACUCCGUGACAGAAGCCCUUGAGUUGGAGGAUACAAUGAAGAAUUACGAGCAUCGCCAUGCCAUUGGAUGGAAAUACGUGUCAAGCUUCAGGGGUGAGCGAGCAGGCAGGCUAGGGUCGUUUCUAGAUAUGAUUGAGUUGGUUUGGCGGUGUAUUCUUAGGAUGCAACUUCAGAAAGUCUUAGCCGUGAUACUUGGUUGCAUGUCAGCUGCAAUUCUUCUGGCUGAGGCUACUAUAUUGCCAAGUGGAGUUGAUUUAUCUCUAUUCUCUAUUUUAAUAAAUGCUGUAGGAAAGCAGGAAGUGCUUGUGCAGGUGGCCGCCUUCAUUCCCCUCAUGUAUAUGUGCAUAUGCACUUACUAUUCCUUGUUCAAAAUUGGAAUGUUGACAUUCUACUCAUUCACUCCGAGACAAACAAGUUCAGUCAGCUUGCUUAUGAUAUGCUCGAUGGUUGCACGCUAUGCGCCUCCAAUUUCCUACAACUUUCUUAAUCUAAUUCGUCUUGAUGUGGACCGCAAAACCAUCUUUGAAAAGAGAAUGGGAAAUAUUGAUGAUGCUGUACCUUUCUUCGGGAAAGGAUUUAACAAGAUCUACCCUCUUAUCAUGGUUAUAUACACGAUAGUGAUUGCCAGCAAUUUUUUUGAUCGGGUCAUUAAGUACUUUGGAAACUGGAAGAUAUUCAGGUUGCAGAGUGAAUCUGAAGAUCUAGACGGAUUUGAUCCAUCGGGCUUGAUGAUUUUACAGAAAGAACGUUCUUGGCUUGAACAAGGACAUAAAGUAGGCGAGCUCGUUAUUCCACUAGCAAGGAAUUUCAACAAUGCAAGUAUGGAUCUUGAGUCUGGCAGCAACAGCAAGGUGGCUGUUGAAAUGAAAGCAACCUCUAGUUUGAUAGAGGAUCGACAGACAGACAUCGUAAAACCUUCAAGAGGAGAAGCCCAGCAUCAACACAACAGAGAAACAUUUGGCAGAAAGUAUACGGCCGUAAGAACACAACAGACAACUCAAAACUUACCCGAGAAAAGCAGAGCUGCCUUUGAUGCCAAUGUGUCUGAUACAGGCAACUCUCAGACUACACCGGUGGGACCCUCUUCUGGAAUAGCCUCAACGUGGCAAUCUAUGAAAAGCGGUUUCCAAAAUAUCAAGUCCAAUAUUGGAGCCAAGAAAUUCCUUCCAUUGCGCCAGGUUGAAGAUACGAAGCACUCCCGAGUUUCCUCCUCUGAAUCACUUGAUGAAAUAUUCCAGAGAUUAAAGCAGCCUGCUGUGGAAAAUAGAGCUUAUGUCGACGACGACAAUAAUGAUGAUUAUGAUGAGCAUGCAAUGGAUGUCAAGAAGCCAGGGCCCGCCAGGUGAUGUACAUCAGUUUCUUAGUGCACAGCUAACCAAAAGGCCUUGUGCAGCCAGUAAGGGUCUAAAUUUUGUUUCAAAACACCAUGAGAAAUAUACACAUGCAUUACUUGUAUACAAGAAAACUGAACCCGCAUAUCUGGGUCCAAUUUAUAUGUAGCUGGGGAACACUGGAGGCUUGUAACUGUUUGUCACCAGCGACGCAACAAUUUUACCUGUCAGUGGCUGCAAUUGCAAUAGUCAUGUCAAUGGAUACAAUUUUUUUUCCCCGAAUGUGAAAAGGAAGUGGUAGUUAUUGAAAUCCAUCGUGUUGUA